AUGCCGCCCAGAAGAGAUGGGAGGCCGAGCCGCCGCAUUGUUGCCGCCGUAAUGGAGCGUGUCUUUAGUGAGGCGCUCGGUUUCGGUGGCGGCAAACCACGUCGAGAUGUGCAGUGCUUCCGCUGCCAGCGGUUUGGCCACGUGGCUAAAUACUGCCGGCGCAACCAAGUUGCGUGCAUGAAGUGCGCGGAGCCGCACGACACCCGCGACUGCACAAAGCCGCGCGACGUAGCGCCAAAGUGCGCUAACUGCCGACGAAAGCACGUCGCGAGCUUCCGUGGCUGCAGUUACAUUGCUAACUGGGGUCGCGGAGGCAACAAGAAGAGAAAGAGGAAGCGACGAAGAAACCGUUCCGACCGCGGGCCAGCGCCUGCGGCAGGGACGGACCAGGAGCAGCAGGGGGCCCCUCCGCCCCCCGAAAAACGCCACCAUGACGACGCUGUGCCGCACAACAAGCUUCGUGCGGCCACCGAAGCCGCAGUAGCGGACCUCAAAGCCGCAUUCGCGGCAGAGAGGACCGCCCUACGAGACGAGUUGGCCGCGGCUCAUCGGGAAAUCCAGCGGCUGCGGGCUGAAGUGGCUUCUGCCGCCAAAGUCCUGCGGCUCACCCCACCUGCUCCAACCCCAACGGGGGGGGAGCCCGCAAACGAAAUGGACGCUAUGGAAACGGACCCAGAUCCAGCACCGCCACCUUCCAAGAAGAAGAUGACGAUGCGGAUCUCCAAGGACCUGGAAGGGUUGCUUGCAUUGGCCGCCUCCGAAAAGGUUGAGGCAGCCACCAAGGAACACGCAGCCCCGAUCUCCGUCUCCGUCGAAGAACAGAAGAAAGCUGUUUCACGACAGCCAACAGCCGUCCAGACCAAACCACGAGACGCCGGGAACGAUCUCGCCAUCCUCCUCGAGGGGGGGAGUUCGUUCGCCGAGCCACAACGCAGUCGACACGUUGGGGCCAGAGAAGCCAAGAAGAAGUCGAUAUCCGAACCUAUCCCGAUCUCAGAUCAAUCCACACCCUAA